AUGUUUGCUGUUCCAGGUUGGUCCGUUGACAGCUCUGCGCUGAAACCACAGACCCAGCCAGCCGCGCAGCCUAAGAACGAGUCCCAGCCCGAGAAGGAUGCCUCUACCCCCAAUGGCAAGAACAACAAGCGCAAGCGUGCCAAUGACCGAGUCACCGCAGGAAAUGUCGAUGAUAUGUACCGUAGGCAUAUCGAGGGCCACACGGGAGGUCGCAAGGGUGGAAAGCCCGACGCAGAGGCUUCUUCUGUGAAGUCCGAGAAGAAGCAGAAGCAGAAGGAAAAGAAGGAAAAGCAGGCCCUCGAGCAAGCCGCCGCCCAGGAAUCCCCCAGUGAGGGUGUGAAAGUCGCCAAUGACGACGCAGAGCAAGCCGAAGAAGAUAAGGCGCCAAAGAAGAAGCAGAAGAAGAACAAGAAGAACAAGGCCAACGCCUCAGAGGAGAAGACCGAGGCAGAAGAUGCUACCGCUGCCCCGGCCAAACCAGCCCCUGCUCCUGCUGCGCCUGCACUCCCCCCGACCGCAAACCUCACCCCUCUCCAGCAGGCAAUGCGACAGAAGCUGAUCUCCUCCCGUUUCCGCCACCUGAACGAAACUCUCUACACUACCCCCUCCGAGAAAGCACUCGAGAUGUUCAGCGCCAACCCAGAGCUGUUUGACGAGUACCAUGCUGGAUUCGCACGACAGGUCAAGGAGUCUUGGCCUAUCAACCCUGUCGACGGCUAUAUCAAGACCAUCCGCACCCGCGGUGCCAUCCCGCUCCCCAGACGAGGAAAGCCCCUCAACCCUGCUAAAGGCUAUCCGCUUCCCCGUCGUCCCAAUGGUCUGUGUACAUUUGCCGAUCUGGGCUGCGGUGAUGCGCAGCUUGCACGCGCGCUGACGCCCUCCGCCAAGAAGCUGAAUAUCAAGCUCAACAGCUACGAUUUGGCCGCACCCAAUGAGCUGAUCACCAAAGCUGAUAUUUCGAACCUGCCCUUGGAAGACGGGGCGGCCGAUGUGGCUAUUUUCUGUCUGAGUUUGAUGGGAACUAACUGGGUCUCGUUUGUUGAGGAGGCAUGGCGUAUUCUGCGCACCGAUGGCAAGGGCGAGUGCUGGGUCAGCGAGGUCAAGAGUCGAUUUGGAAAAGUCGUCCGCAAGAAGUCUAUGAUCGGGGCCCAGAAGCCUGGCAGCAAGGCCGACAAGAAGAAGCCCAAGAAGAAGGGUGGCAAGGAUGAUGAUUCCGAUGUCGAUGAAGCUGGUAUCUUUGCCGAGGAUGUGCGGCCUUCAGACAACUCCGACGAAACCGAUAUCUCAGCAUUUGUGGAGGUGUUCCGGUCGCGUGGAUUUAUGCUUCGCCAGGAAUCAGUGGACAAAUCGAACAAGAUGUUCGUGAGCAUGGUCUUUGUCAAGCAGGGUGGUCCGCCCACCAAGGGGAAACAUGCUUCGGCUCUCAGCGCGCCUGCGCCUGGUGGCAAGAAACGUUUUGUUGAGCGCAAGCCUGAUUCAGAGUCCGGUUUGACGCCUGAGCAGGAGGCUCAGGUCCUGAAGCCUUGUGUUUAUAAGAUCCGCUAA